AUGCAGGGGUUUUAUGUCAGCGAGUUUGUUGCGAUCGUGUGCAGCACGUUUGCGAACAAUGGCUUGAGACCGUUGUGGCCAUUCGACACUCGAUUGAGCCUUGGAGAUGAUUUUGGGAACCGUAUCAUCGAGGACAGCGACAGCAUCGGUCAGAGAGAACUCGGGGCGGGCAGUAGGGGCAAGGGAUUGAACACGUUGAGUCAGUUGUUGGGUGCGAUGUGCCAGUCGACGUCAUUGAAAAAUGAUCAUACGGCGGAGGAGGUCACGGCGGUUUGGGUUGGAGGAGGCGCAGUGUAA